CUGCUUUGAUUUAUAUAUUGCGGGAUAGAGUUCCUUCAAUAUUGUAUUCCUUUUAUUUACACUAAAUCAUGCCUGACCGUACGCUUGCUUUUGCCGAAACAGUGCUGCAUGACGAUACCACUGGCAACAGCACCGACAAGGAUAGAAUCACAGUAUUGGCUACUCUUCUUGGUAAUGGUGGCGAUGAUAUCCAUCAGACUUUUCCUCCACUCCCGUCGUUAAACCCCACAUUACGCGAUAACGAUAAUGAGUGGGAAUUAAUCGAACUUGACAGCCAGGACUAUGACAAAGAAGACAUCCUGUCAUGCGAUAGUGCUGAUGAUAGCAAUAGCACUAUGUGGAUCGGUCGACGUACCUAUGCGGAAACAGCAAUCUGUGCCGGUGUGCAUCACGAUCCAAUCCGUACAGCAAUAUCCAGUCCAUCGACAAGAAAUACAAAAUCAAACGUGUAUUGCCGCAGCAGCAAUGAUGCUAUAGCACGUCGUGCAUGGCACCAAGAAGAGAAUGGACAAUGUGACAGUCUCCUUUACGAUCACGAAUAUGCAGAUGACGAUAGCAACGAUCCAUACUAUCAGAUUAAGUCCGUUCUAGUUCGAAAGCUUCAUCACUGCAAGGUAUCUCAUUGUCGGCAAAGAAAAGCGCUUAAGACAGCAUUUCGACAUCACACUAUAACAUAUCAAAAACAGCAGCAGCUACAGCAGCGAGAAAACAAACAACUUCUUUACUACGAAAAUGCUCUGAAAACAGCACAGAAGUAUUUGGAGACUUGUAUAAUGAUUGGAGAACGACUGUUACCACAUUAUUAUUUCACUGGACGCGACAAUAGAAAACGCGCGCACGUUGUCCGGCUCACCAAAGACCAUGGCUUAUUACUUAUGCACAAUAUCUAUAAACACGACGGUCCCCCCAAUAACUCAAUGUAUCUGAAACAAAUGGAACAAGAGCUUGCCAAUCCACACGUCAGAGAAAUCAUUUACGACUUGCUAGAAGAUGUUGUUGGAAAAGCAAUCGUACCUUGGGCAUGGUCGGGGCAUAUGGACGAUGCUACGAUCAAGAGUUGGGGCGGAAGGGAGGUGAACUAUGUCAGGUUUUAUUACAUCAAAAUCUUAUUCCGCAUUUGCAGACAAAGGUCAUUCCUGACUUGACGACGUGUUGUUAUAGAGAACGGCAGAAAAGAAUCCGAAAUUUCGUUAGCAUUUUACCCUUUUCUUCACUUAAAUGUAAAUCUUUAUGUAGCAUGACUCGCAUGCAAUACGCUCGAUAUAUAUUAGGAGAAGAAUAAAAAGGUUGUUGCAAGUACAUGUUGUAU